AUGUGCGACCAGUGCCAUCCGGUGUCGAUCGCCGCUUCGCAGCCGAUUUGGCUGGCCAAGCCGGUGUACGGUCUUGCGGCUCCGAUCAUUAUUUUGGUGACGCUCAUCACAAAUUCCUUAGUCGUCGUCGUACUCUCCCAUCGACACCUCCGAACCCCCACCAACCACAUUCUACUUUCCAUGGCGGUCACCGAGCUGAUGACAGGCCUGUCCUCCUGCCCGUGGUUCCUCUACUACUACACUUUCGGGGGCCACAAAACCGACGACGUGGAGGGGUUGAGCGAAUUCUGGUGCCGGUUUCACCCCUACUUUGCCGUGCAUCUACCAACAAUCUUCCACACAGCUGCCAUUUGGCUUACUGUAUUCUUGGCAGUUCAACGAUACGUGUACGUUUGUCUACCGUCGAUUGCCGUAAAGCAUUGUACUCCGACGCGGACAUGGCAUAUCAUUACUGUCAUUAUUUGCUCUGCCAUCGCCUCCGAAAUCCCCAUCAUGUUGUCAGAGCAAAACGAAUCUUACCUAGAAGGUAACAAAAGAAAAUGCUACUCCAAAUAUGUCUACGAGUCAAUCCAGCUCGACACCUUCAAGGCAACCGUGCUCUGCGGUCGAGCUCUACUCGUCCACAUCGUCCCAUGUCUGCUGCUCAUCCUCUUCACCGGCUGCCUCUUCCGCACCAUCAAUGAGGCCGACCGGAAGCGCAGCGUCCACGCUAUUUCCCUGAAGAAGCCGACGACCUCAUGCGUAUCGUCUACGCGUCUGAUGGCCGCUACGACACGAAUGUUGCUCGUCGUCAUCGCCAUCUUCCUCCUAAUCGAGAUCCCGGUGGCGCUGAUCUUUGUCUUCCACUUCCUCAGCGUCUACUACCAAAUGAUCGACAAAGAGGACUACGGAUAUGUAAAUACGCUUUUAAUAUUACGGAAUUUCCUGAUCAUCCUCACCUACCCGCUCAACUUUGCCAUCUACUUUGGGAUGAGCUCGUCUUUUAAGCUCCAAUUUCGACAGUUGUUUACUAAGAAGGUACUCUACGUCGCCUCACCAAAUACAAGCCCUGGUUGGCGACCGAGGUUCUCGGUGCAACUCAUCGACAUCCACAAGAUCCGACGACCGUCGAGUCUGUUCUUCCCCCGAAAGAGUGUAAACGGUGGAAGUGCACAGCACCUACAGGGAAAUCACUUGGAAGUGCCGGCGAUGGAUGCAUUUCUG